AUGCCUUUCUACACUACAACUCUGUCUCCUGGCGAUUUCCUGCCACUCUUCCAGCUGAUGGAUGACUACUGCGACAGUCGCCAGCCCACAAAAUCCAACGGAUCCAGUCGAGCCAAAUCUGCCCCAACUCCCCCUCAAAUCUCCUUCACGCCUAAGUUUGACGUGCGAGAGGCAAAUGACAGCUACAUCUUGAACGGAGAGCUUCCUGGUGCUCAGCAGGAGAGCAUUGAAAUUGAAUUCACCGACCCCGAAACCAUGGUCGUAAAGGGGCAAGUGUCCCGCAAUUACGAUGUUGCCACUUCCCCAGAGUCCACCACCACCACCAACGACGACUCCAUGUCUGUACGGAGUCUCGAUGACGAUGUCGAUGAUGCUUCAAGCACCAAGUCGAACUACCACUCGCCCACUGUUGAAGAUGAAAAUGAGACUGGCGACAAUACUACAACCCGUUCCACAAACAAUGUAGUCCCCAAGCCUGCCAUGAAACCUCAGCCAGCGGCAGCAACGUUUAAAUAUUGGGCCUCGGAGCGUCAGAUCGGCAAUUUCCAGAGGACUUUCACCUUCCCAAAUCGCAUCAACCAGGACGGUGUCAAGGCGACAUUGAGAGAUGGUAUCUUGUCAAUUACGGUGCCAAAGGAAACGAUCAAGCUGGCCAAGAGGAUACGCGUUGAGUAA